AUGUGUUUUUUAUCCGGGCAUUUUCCCGUUACGUCAUACCAUCAAGUUCUGGUAUCUAAUUUCCGGGUGCUAAUUCCGGUGGGGUACACACGCACGGAAACGCAUGGAGGAGUCUUGGCGUUUGUGUGAUAUUAACAGAUAGCUAACUACACUUCGACAUUAUCUUUCUUGAUCGUUGAGUUUCAGCAAUGUAAAUGAAAUGAAUUUUAUAGCCAGUCCAUAACGGGUUUUCAUCCUGUGCUUUUACAGUCAAAAUAGCACUAUUUAUUACACAUGUUGGCGAUGUUUGGGAAAUCAAAGGAUCCCGUUAUAAAAUAAAUCUUUUGUUUUGAAUAUCGGACAGGAUACACUUCAACUAUAAAGAACCAUAUCGUUCGUUUAAUACCGUUUGAUCGAUCAGUCUGUGUAGAAGAUAUGUAUGUUUCUACGGCGAUACGUGCUAAACUUCGCAAGCCAGGCGCGUGUGGAGUGUUUUCCUUGCAAGUGAAAUAUGAUCCAGCUUCUCGCUUGAAAUGUAUAAACGCAACACUUAUUGUUGAUGACAUUCAGCACAGCAGGAAGUCUUUGUCAUGAUCGGUACGAAUCUAGAACGUUCCUUUCACAAUCUCUUGUUGCAAAUGACAUUUUUAUCACCCGAAAUUAUAACACAUAAAGUUGCAAUUUUCCAAACGCAACAAACACGCUCCCCUACCUCCCGACCCAUAGUCAAAUUAUACGUUUACUCCCAGAUUCUGGGUGUGACGUCAUAAGCCCCGACCAGGGUCUUUGCUUCCCAAGAGCAAAGAGCCUGGGAACGAGGUUGCGAAAUUUACUGCUGACUGACAAUUGUCAUGCGUAUAUUUUUAGGUUCCUGAAGAUUAUGGUGGUUUAGGUCUCAGUAACACUUCAGUAAGUAUCACAUUAACGAAUUUGUGUGGGAUUGUAAAGGCUUUAAAGACUAUAUACACUCAUUUGAUUUCUCUCGUUUUUACAUUAUUGUACUAUUGCCGUGAUUAUUAUACAGUGAAAACUGCAGGGCAAAGUAUAUUAUUCAGUGAAAACAAAGUAAGAAUAUUAUUUAAUAGUGCAAUAAAAAAUUACUUUCCACUUUCAUGAUUUUGUUCAUCUCUUUAGUAUUCUCGAUUGGUUGAGGUUGUUGGUUCACAUGAUCUUGGUGUUGGCAUAACACUUGGUGCUCAUCAGUCUAUUGGUUUUAAAGGAAUUCUCUUGGUUGGCAAUGAGGUAGAGAAAACCUUACAGUAUUUAUAAUAAUAUGUAUUUUGUAAUUCGCGGUAUUUUCACUUUGGUUGUCAAGUUAUCAGUGCUUAGAAUGUCUGCAACAGUAUCUGUGAACUUCUAACAAUGCACUAUAUUCAGUAGUAACGGAGUUUGUAUCCAAAGAAAGUGGGCUAAUCCAUGCACGUUUAUACUUUAGCAUUGUGUCAAUCCGAUCAAUCUGUCGCAAAGCAAGCAUCCUCAAAUCUCAGAAGGAGUGAUGCCAGGCCAAUCAAUCUUCUACAUGUACAGUAAUACUGUAUAUGUAGACUUGAUUUUAAGCUGUUUUCUCCCUCACAUGUCGAAAUCGACAGUCUAUCAGGAGAGUCUAUCAAAAUGGGUGCAGCGAAAAAUAAUUUCAUGUAUUCAGCGAAAUAGUUUUCGUUUGCAUGUAAACACUGUGGCCAACAACAUAAAAAGUAACCAACGUAACCGUAAUUCGUCAUCAAAAUGCUGAUGCCAUAGUCCUAGCCAGUGCGCUUAUGAGAAGCUGCGUCGACCUUCUGUGUGUCUUUAUUCUGUGGCCAGGUGGUUGUAUCAUCUACAAACGUUCGCUACGUUAACCUAUUCCUAAUUAUUUUAGUCGUCUGCCUCUCAUAUGAUAAUUUUAUAUUUUGAUUUUGUAUUUUGCAGGAACAAAAGAAGAAAUAUUUACCCAAGGUAAACAUGCAGUAUACAAUUACAUUUUUGGCCCCAUAUGGAGUCAUAAAGAACAAGAUGAUGAACAGAACGUAUGUUAUAUAAAUGAUGCAAAAACCAUUAUACAUGUAUUUAAUGAAUUGUUUUCGUUUUCCUUAGUUGGCCUCUGGCGAAACAAUUGCAGCAUUUUGUUUAACAGAACCUACAAGUGGAUCAGAUGCCGCGGUAAGUAAAAUAAUAUGAUUAUUUAAAAACGUCCAUUUGAUUAUGCAUUUCUUUUCAUGAUUUCACAUUAUUAAUCUCCUGCUAGAUUAUCCAGUUCGUGUUUUUAUUUGGAGUGUAGCGCAGUUACACAAAAGAUUUGUUAAACAGCUUUUCUGCUCGUGAAUUUGAUCCAUUAUUAAUUUUAUAAAGGGCUAAAUCGAUUAAUGCUGUGCUGAGUGGUUAUAUUACUACCUUAAAAAAUAAGCAGAAACUCGACGUUUCGAGCGAAGGCCCUUCGUCAAGAGUUAGUAUAUAACCACUCAGCACAGCAUUUUCACAUUGGUACUACCAACACUGGUACAGACAGUUUUAGUAAUUAAAUCGAUUAAUGUAUACCAUAUUUAGGACUAAAUUACAUGGAUAUCACGUAUGUGUGUAAACUUGACCUGUAACCUCGCAGUCCAAGGUCUUUACCUGACCGUCUUUCAAUAAUCUUGACCUGCAUAUACCUAUAGUGUUAACCAAAUUGCGGAUCACUGAAUUAAUCAAUUAUGACGUAUUACCACUGCACGUAGAUUGUUUAUUAUAAUGAUCUCUUUAUUAAUUUUUUCGAAGGAACUAGAUUCUGUUCCGAAAUAUCACUUACUCGAACCGUCCUGACCGUGUAGCUCAGUUGGAAGAGCAUUGGGCUAGUAUUCCAAAGGUCGUAGGUUCGAAUCCCACCGUGGCCGGGCAUAUUUUUCAAGCUCGCCCGGUGUGGAUAUACACUCAGAGUAACACCACAAAGAUCUCUUUAUUGUUUUAGUCCAUACGAAGCCAAGCAGUGUUAAGUGAAGAUGGAAAAUACUGGACUUUAAAUGGUGGAAAAUUAUGGUAAGGAUACUCUCUAAUCUCUAGAGAUUUAAAGUAGGGGUGCACCGGAACCAAUUUUUUAAGUUGCGGCCGGAACUGGAUCUGGCUGGAACUGGAAAUAAGUUCCGGCUGGAACCGAAACUGAUUUAUUAAGCCAUAUAUUGUCAUAUGUUACUUUAUCUGCUGCCAGACAGGCAGACACUUCAAGUCAUUAAGCAGAGAGCUCGCAAAUGUUAGAAUAAAAAAUUGAAAAACGUUAAACGUCAUAAUGAAGUGUUAAUAGUGUCCAUUUUCCUUGUGUAGUCUUCCUUCCUACUGUGAAGUCUGUUUGAUCGAUGCUAUUCAAUAAAUAAACUUGAUAUUUUAUCUCUCUGAAAACGACAGAGUUUCGGUUCCGGCCAUGGGUUUUUUAUUACUUCUGAAAAAUCGGGGUUCCGCGGCCGGAACCGAGUUCCGGUACACCCCUAAUUUAAAGAUACUUCAUGUUGGACUACAGUACAGCAGCUAAGCAGUGGGAGAGUGUUGUGCCUUUACUCAUUGAGUUUCUUGGAAGCAAUCGAGCAUCUGACCAAUAAUUUAUCAAUAAUAUCAUGCAAGUUGAUUAUAUACAACACGCGUUAUUCUGGUUUUUUUUUAGGAUCAGUAAUGGUGGGAUCGCAGAUCUAUUUACCGUAUUUGCAAAGGUUUGUGUGUAAAACAUUUAUUAUAUAUACUGCAGACAGUUGUCUUGAAAGAUAUUUUUGGACCUAAUCUACGUCUUUCGAAAGCUUACUGUAACCUUUUUAUCCCACAGGCUAUUUUAACUUAUCUGUCAAAAAAUCCAGUGCAGUAUAGUAUGACUUCAUUACAGUAAAUUCAGUACAGGUUUUACAGUAUGUCUACUUUAAUACAGCAACCUAUAUGCUUGCAUGCUACUUGUAGGGAUGUGUUGGAUACUAUUUUCCCGGAUGGAACCGGAUAGUAGUCUACCAGAUACCGGUCAGGGCAUAAUUGAUAACCUGAUACCGGAUAAUAAUCGGAUACUAGUGGUGUUAUUUGGACACUGCUUCACUAUUUCCCCCUAUAAUAUAAGGUCCAUACUUGUAUUUUCCCCCAUACUAUACGGGCCAUUGUUUUAUCUCUUUAUGUAAUAAACAUUUGUGGCACAGGCAUUGGCGAGCAAUCUACAGCAUAAAGCUUUUUACAUCACGAAAACAUUUUCCUAAUGCACAAAAAAAGGCAAAGGUUCUAAUAAAGGUUCCAGUACUAUCCUGUAAAUAUUUGGCAAUAUUUUAUCAUACAAGAUACUGCCGGAUGUCUAUAUUUUACUGGAUACCGGUAUCCGGCACAUCCCUAUAGUUACUUGCGCACACAGGUCAUUCAUUUUGUAAGUUUGAUAUAACCACUGGCUAAAAUUUCGAUUGUCUUGCAGACGCCAAUAAAAGAUGAAAAAACUGGAGAAAUAAAAGAAAAAAUUACCAGUUUUAUUGUGGAAAGAAGCUUUCAAGGAGUUACCAGGUAAUAAAAUCUUAGAUAUUUACAAAGUGGCGGUGGUAGUUUAUCAAAUGAAAAUAGUAAUAUGUUGAAUAUAGUUAGCCUUUCUCACGCCGCCAUUUUUGGUCUGCGAGAAGAAGUGCACAUAACAGCGACUUUUUAGAAUUUUUUGGACGAAUGAUGGUAAAUUUGCUUGUAAAUGGUUAGUUUAUUUUGAAAAAUUGCUUUUCACAUUGGGCCAAAAAAAAAUAUGUGGGUUUCCAGUUUCCCGACCCUACCUAGAUUUUGGACGUCGAAAUCCCGACCCUAAACUUUUUUAUUGGAUCGUGCUUGUAAGUGUUUCCACUUAGAGAAAAAAGUUUGUGGAAAAUUGAAAUUUGAGGCAAUAUUAGGGAAAUUUAUCUUUGGAUGUGGAAGCACUGACUAAACAAAAUGGCGUCCUGUUGUUAGGAAAAUUUAAAAAUGAAGUUGAAAAAAAAAGUUAAAACCGACCUACCCUACCUAAGUUUUUAUAAGAAGAAACCGGAAACCCGCAUAUUUUUUUUGGCCUUGUUUUAAUUGUCUGCAUUGGUUAACGAGAAUUACAUGCCACCCAAAAAUGGCGGAUAUUCGUCAUCGUGAGAAAGGCUAAUUACGUUAAAUCGUUCUUUUCUGUUUUUAAAGUGGACCUCCAGAAAAGAAGAUGGGGAUCAAAGCAUCGAACACGGCUGAGGUAGCCUACGGCAAUUAUAGUAUUUUGAGGACUUUUCUCAAGUCAUCUGAUAACGAUAUACAAUAUACAUGCAGUGUUGUGGACGUUUUCAGGUUUCGCUGAAUGUUAUAAUGAUUUAGCCUCUUCUGCAGGCAUCUUUACUUCCUUAGGAACCUUUAGUCUAGUGAUGAAUAUUACAUGUACAGUAGUUUGCAACCUCGUAAAUAUAGAAAUUAGCGAGAGAAGUUGUAGAAGACAAGCUUGAGGAUUUACUGGUUAGAUAUACCAGCUGCAGUUAUACAGAUUACUACUUACACUUUAGCGGAGGAUUACGUUUAGAAUAAGAAAUUCUCAAAUUCAUACAUAUACGGAAUUUAUACUUGCUAUUCGUUUUAGGUGCACUUCGAUGAAGUAAAAGUUCCUGCUGAAAAUGUUCUGGGAGGUAAUUUGCAGCACUUUAAAAUGUGCAGGGGUUCCAGUGUUGGUAGUGACCAAUGAUAAGAUGGGUUACAGUAGAAUGUAACAAAUACUGUAAUCUCUAACAAAUCUUGUAUUUUUUCCGCCGCACGUCCGCAUGAAAGUCCUGGCGACGAGAUUGCCUAUAAUAUAAAUCCAAAGGAAGAAUUUGAAAAGUCAAAAACAGUCGAGGUCAUGAGUUUUAUAUCUACAUUUCUUAAUUCUUGAACGUCUUCCGUGUUUGGAAAUGCCUCAUUGGUUAUAUUUAGUACGCAUCUGAUUGGUUAAUCGCGGAUAUAAUAAUAAUAAUAAUAUCAAAAGCAGCUGAAGGUUACCAGUUCCUUAAUGGUAGCGGUAUCAAUGAAUUGCUGUUGCCAUUUUGGCAAGCUCUUCUUGUCCUUCUUGGUAUUUUCCUAGAGCUGUUGAAUGUAAUUCGUCUUUGGCCUUCAACAGCUUCUUUUAUCAUGGGUUUCGGUUCGAAAAUAUGAGUUUAUGCACAACUUCAUAUAUUUCCUCCAUGGAAUAGUGCGCAAUAUUGGCAAUGAACAAAUCGAUUAUUAAGCAUACUCUUUUGGGACAAGUAUAUGCGUGCAUGAAAAUAUUUAAUACUCUACGUAACUUUACAGUAUGAAAUUCAAAAGUAUCAUUAACCUUGAGCCAUCUCUUUUGUUUUAUUAAGAAAUUGGAGAGGGAUUUAAAGUGGCGAUGCAUAUUCUUAACAAUGGUCGUUUUGGUAUGGCUGCAGCGUUAUCCGGAACCAUGAAAGCAUUGAUUGCAAACGCUGUAAGUUCAAUAUAUUUAACAAAUAGAAAACAUUUUCCGUCUUUUUAUACAGUCAUAGAACACGCGUGGUAGUAAUUUGGGAGAACGAGAAAUAAUCAUUGGAAAAACGAGCCUGAAGGGUGAGUUUUUCCACGUUAAUUCGAGUUCUCUCAAACUACCACUCGUCUUUUUAUAACUGUAUAGAAACACUGGAAAAAAUGUUUUCUAUUUCUUUUAUAUAUAAUAUAACUCAAGAAAAGUUUUUAUAGCCAUUUUCUAUAUCGAAAAUGUGUUUGCUGUUUGCAAGUUAACUUUAAAGUCGACGUGUUUAAUUAAACGCAUGAAUAUAUUUUCAUUGCUAGACUGAUUUUGCUGUGAACAGAACUCAGUUUGGGGACAAAAUCUGUCAAUAUGGAACAAUUCAAGAAAAGAUUGCCAGGAUGAAUGUUCUGCAAUAUGUUACUGAGGUAACUAUGUACAGUAUACAUAACUCCGAGAACUAUAUGAACAUUCUGUCACUGUAUGAUGGAAGACAAAACUUGACAACAAAGUUGUUUAAGGAAAUCGCCAGUAAAACAUAAAUUAAAUGACUUGUUGCCACCACUAAAUAAUGAUGGACAUACAUUGUGUAACACAACAGCAUAUUAUUAAAAAUAUUAUACCUCAACUUCAAAUUGUUCAAUCAGGAAGCACGUGAGCAUGUAAUUAAUCGCGAUAUCACGCCUUACGUCAUCAACUAGCGAGCCUGCGUUCCUUUUGACAAUGUUCCACCACAUGUUCCCCGGGGAACAUGGGGUUGAACAUUAUUCGCGUAGACCACGCGAAACAACACGCAUAACAACAAGAUGGCCGACAAAAUAUAAAUAGUAAUAAUGAGUGAUGAAUAAUUAAAUUUUAAACGUAAAACCAAAAUUUUGAAGCAGUGUCAUUAAUAUUCCAAACGAAAUGUGAUUCGAAAGAAAAGCGACGUUACUUGCGUUAAUCCAAAAAUAAAACAUCGUAUAUAUUCACGAAGGUAUGUGGCAAGUUUUACAUUCUCAACUUGGAGGCUUUUAAUUUUCAGUAUAAUAUAUCAUUUAUAGACCUGGAGCGAGGGGGAUUCGGCGAAAUAUUACCCUCAGUGAUGAUAUUUCACUCGGGGCAUAUCCGGGUAAUAAAUAUCAUCACUUCGGGUAAUAUUUCUCCGAAUCCCCCUCGCUCCAGGUCUAUAAAUGAUAAAUGUAGAUUUUUGCACAUGGAAUUUUCAAACGAAAAUUUAUAUACAAUUUUAGACCUACAGUAACCGGGAGAAGUUGCGAACAAUGUAACUUUCGGCCCUCCGGCAGGAAUAUGUAUACAAGAACUCGUUCUGUCGUUAUUCCCCGACAACUGGACGUAUGUUCGAUUUCUGCCGGAGGGGUUCCAUCUACGAGAAUCCCAUCUACAUUCAGUUCUAUCGAACCCAAAAUCUUGAUAUUAAAAGUGUUCUAUUUUGAUCAUGUAGUCCAUGGCGUACAUGCUGAGUGCAAAUAUGGAUCGUGGAGCUCCUGAGUUUCAGAUCGAGGCUGCUAUCAGUAAAAUGUUUGCUUCGGUAAUAGAAACAUGAAUUUUUUCGUUGUAUUCUUUCGUUGAGCUUUAUUUAACUAAAUCCUGAACGUUAAUUAUUGUUCAUUUCCAGGAAGCGUGUUGGUGGGUUGCUGAUGAAUGUAUCCAGGUUGGUAAAGGCCGGUGUAGUUCAAUUUGAAAGCGUGAACGCGCGAUCGAAUGCUCGAAACCAGGCCGCUUAUAUAUAGUAUAGUAUAUACGCGCCCUGCUCGAAACUGUCCGCUUCGUCUGCGCGGGCGGAAAUCGGCCUUAAGACACGCAUUCUUUUAUCCCUCGAUCACUACAGCAGUUAAAUCGUUUUGCGUUUUGUUCUGUGUGACAUCAGUAGCCAUGAUACAAUAAUCAUGCAAUGUUGAUUAAUGAUUGUGGUUUACGUGAUGUGGGGUUGUCAACCUCGUGCGCGUUCACCGUGCUUCUCGUCAAUAGGGAAAAUAGAUCCACUGCAUGAGCUUGCAAUCAUAGAACUUGUUGACAGAGUUACUAAAGCAAUCGAUAGAGGAGAAUACACGAUAGGUAUUUUCCUCGACUUGUCAAAAGCCUUCGACACAAUUGAUCACAAGAUAUUGAUUCAAAAACUUAAUCACUAUGGUAUACGGGAAUAACUCAAUUAUGGUUUCAAGAUUACUUAAAGAUUAGAAAACAAAUUGUUAAAUACAACCAAAUUAAAUCAAAAGAAAUGGUAAUUAAGAGUGGUGUCUCACAGGGGUCAAUUCUUGGACCAAUUCUAUUUCUGCUUUAUAUAAAUGAUAUUGAAAAUUGCAGCAAAUUAAUUUCAUUUAUAUUAUUUGCAGAUGACACUAAUAUAUUUUAUAGUAACAAGUGUCUAAAGACACUUAGUAAUUUUAUACAAACAGAAAUUGAUGAAGUUGCUGAAUGGUUAAAUGUGAAUAAAUUAUCUCUAAAUACUACAAAAACAAAAAUAAUUUUAUUCAGAUCUCCAAAUAAAAAACCAAGUCAAACCAUUAAAAUUAACAUAAAUGGUAAAAAUAUUGAACAAGUUAAAAGUACAACCUUCCUCGGUAUUAUCAUUGACGAACGUUUGACCUGGAAAGAUCAUAUAGCUAAAGUAACAAAGAAAAUAAUUAGAGCUGCUGGUAUAAUAGCUAAAAUACGACAUUUCAUAAAACGAAAUACUCUAAAACUUAUAUAUUAUGCAUUAGUCUAUCCAUAUUUGAUAUACGGCAACUUAACAUGGGGUAAUACUUAUAAAAGUCGAAUCCAAAAAAUAAUGAACAUACAAAAAAAAAUUGUACGUCUAAUGACUUUCAAAUCUUAUUUAGAGCACAGUGAGCCAAUUUUCAAAGAUUUAAAUAUCCUAGACAUUUUCAAAAUCAAUUAACUGCCUUAUUUAUGUUUCGAUACCACCACCUUAACAAUUUACCAGAUUUCUUUAAAAAUUAUUUUGUAGCAAACAACCAAAUUCAUGAACAUAACACGAGAAAUGCAUCAAAACUUCACAAAUGUUAUAAAAGAACAAAUUAUGUAAAACACACUCUCUCAAAUAAAGGAGUUGAUGUAUGGAAUUCGUUAGAAACAAAACUUAAUGAAGUAAACUCAUUUAACACCUUUAAAAAGAAAAUUAAACAACAUUUUUUGCUAUACACAAUUACCAAUAUAUAAAACAUACUUCUCUAAUGUAUAUAAUGACAUAUACUUUAGUCUAUUGUAGCCCAGCAUUGACAUUGUAAAAUUAAAUGCAUCUACAACAUUACUAUUAAUUUAUAUGAUACGAACAUUCCCACUUCUUUUUCUCUCUUGUAAAUAUAGUGUAUAUACUUCAAAACUUUCUGAUUUUACAUGUUAUGUAUUGAUUGACUGUAAAUAAUCGAUUAUGUGAUAAAACGAACAGUAUAAACUAGAGACCUAAAAUAAAAAGUCUAUGAAGAUUUCUAGUAAGUCUCUAGCCCAACAUCUUCAAAUUAUUGUAAUAUAUUUUAAGUAGAUUUUUAUACAUGGGAAAAUAAAUAAAAAAAGAAAUACAUUAGGCAUACGGUUAUCUAAUUUUCUCGUAAAUUAUUCGAAACAUGUUCGUAUUGCGAUCUUAACAUAACGACUUCUUACAUAUUAAUUUUCAUGGUCAGCAUUAUACAGUAUCAUGUGGAAGUAUGAGCGACAAGUGAUGGUCGGGGUAAUAAAAAGACUAUAUAUAAAGUACCUUCCUGCGUUAUGUGAUGUUCUUCGUGUACUGACUAGUCCAUGCAGUCAGAUCCUGACUGACAUGCUCCGGUAACUGCCAUGACUACAAUGAUUACUUUCGAAGUGAAAUAUUUUGCGAUAUUGUCGGUAAAUUAGUCUGUCUCAAGUACCUAUGUUUCAAGUACCUAUAAUGUCUAUUCUUUUUGUUUCGCUGUUAUGAUUAUACGCCAUCAAAUUUGUUAUUCAGUCUUUUCAUGAUCCAUCUUACGUUGGAGUUUAAAUGUUUAAAACAUAUAUGAUAAGUCGCGGAAGUCAUUUGAAGCCAUCGAAUCGCAAUUUUGUUUUAUGAGUUGAAUUUACAAGUAAUCCUUGAUUAUAUUGCUAAGGUUGUAGUUACGAAUUUCGUAUUUUCUCUUAUCGUAGAUCUACGGUGGAAUGGGCUACAUGAAGGUAAUUAUUUGACUUGAUAUCAUAAUCGAGCUGUCUGAAUAGUAUUUUGAAAGUUUAUUAUCGUUGUAGGAUGCUGGCAUUGAAAGGGUCAUGCGUGAUUUAAGGAUAUUCCGUAUCUUUGAAGGAACCAAUGACAUUUUGAGAUUGUUUGUUUGUUUAACAGGAAUGCAAGUGAGUGAAACAUUUUAAUAGUUGUAGUUAGGUCUGCUGUAAGUAUAAGGGUGUUUUAUUAUUGGAUGUUGUGUUCUUUUAACCAUGCAUGCAUGCUAUGUGGAAUAAAACCUUUUAUCAGCAGAUCUAGAAACUCUUAAAGGCGCUGUUACACUAUGUAACUUGUCUUGCAACUUGUCGCCAAUGGUAAGAAAAACAGUUCCAUUUAUUAUAGCAUUGCAUUAACACCUAGCGAUAUAUUUCAUGCAACUCGCAACCUUAUAAAUAUAUUCACAAUUUUAGGAUGCAGGGAAAAAUCUACGAGAACUUCAGAAAUCAUUACAAAAUCCAUUUGGUAAUCUGAAUGUCGUGCUGUCUGAGGGAAUGAAAAGAACACAAAGGUUUGUUGUGAAUUGUGUUGUAUUGAUCCAAAACGUCUAGAUAAAGCAAGGGUGGAAUAAAUAGCGGACAAUGGGACCCUGGUCCCUGAACAUUUUAGUGGUCAGCAGAAAGAAAAUUGGAAAAUAUCAACGUCGGAAUGGAACUGCAGUCAGCGGGCACCGUCUGCAGUCAGCGGUCCCAUCUCUGAGAUAAAGACUUGAUAGGUAUACCAAUACUGUUGAAAAUAGAUUAAACGUAGAGUACGCUGGAGGUGUACAACUACAAUCUUGGGCAAUAGUUGAUAGAACGACCAAUGGCGCACGGGCUUUCCUUGCCUGUUUCUACUACGUGUAUUAUCGAUUUGGUUAACGAGCGAAAAUUCGUAUAAUCCAGACAAAACAAAAUUGAAUGGGGGGAAUGAGUUGAAUAACAGGAAUCGUUCCACGCCGACCCGUUUUUGGCCAAGAUUGUAUAUAUGCACAGGGUUACAAACAUUAAAAGAUUUCUUUUUCGUAUUUUCAGAGCAAUAGGAGUAGAUUCAGGUCCAUCAAUCAGUGAGCAUGUUCAUUCUGAACUUGGAGAGAGUGCUAGACAGGUAGUUCAAUCUUUCAUUUACAUUUAUAACAUUACGUUUUAUUCUCCGAACCAUUUUAUUCUCAUCCGCUGCAGUGAAAAUGUUUUCGACGCAUAUUCAGUUCAUUUUGAUGGAAAUCCAGUCAAAUGUAUCGCAGGGGUGUAUAUAAUUACCAUUUGUGCCCCCCCCAAGAGAGGGGGGGAUGUCAUGGCCAUGCGGAAGAAAAUGACCCUAAAGAGGAAGGGGAAGAAAGGAGGGAAAGGGAAAGGAAGGAGGGAAAGGAGGGGAAAAGGAGGGAAGGGAAAGAAGGAGGGAAAGAAGGAGGUGCGCUUCAACUUCGACGUGCGCACAGAGUUUGUAUAGGACAGCGGCAGUGGUGACGUUACUUGAUGUAACAUUCAGAUAAAGUUCAUUUAAGUAGAUGGUUUUCUCUUGUUUCCACUUUCCAUCCAUCGAACUGACUUUACGUGUGACGCAAAAUUCUUCCAAUGGCUAUUAAUUCAUGCUUUUAAUAUACUGCUUUCUGGUAUUUUAAUAAAAUACAAAUGAAUGAAUAAUUCAAUAUUGUUCAUAAUAAUAAUAUUAAAUGAAAUAAUUUUAUUAACAAAUGUAGUUAUGUAAAAUAUAUGAAUUUUUGAAAUGAUCAUCAACCUUACUUCAAAACCAGAGUGUUACCUACUCAAUCAUUAAUUAUUUUCUUAGGAGUCCGAACCACUCCAAGAUUGGGGAAGAAAGUAACCCUUCCGGAUUUUUUUUUUGGGGGGGAAGUAACCCCUCUGGUAAUUAUAUACACCCCUGAUGUAUCGGGAAAACAAAAUUUCCAAAACACCGCGUAACUCGCGUCCUGAAUAUCCAAACAUCGUGAAGUUUUCGGUAUUGACUAAUUUGAGCAUGAAGAUUUUAAUUCUGGGGUCCAUUUGGGCCAAAUAUGAAGAUGAAAAAUCGAUAACGCGAAAUCGGAUCGGAGAAUAGCUAGACGCAUCACCUAUAAUUUCUUACGUGCCAGUCCUGCGUGUUCUUGGCAAUAACGAUUAUAACAUCUGGUCUUUAGAUUUGUCGUUGACUUUUUCAGUGAUGCAAAUACUCUUAUGUUACGCACUGUGAUAGAGUAUUUUAUACGAUGACUAACACAAAGUCAUUCCCAACUGAAGGGCUUCCGAGAAGGCAAUGAUGUGGGUUCGGAUUCCAGCAGUGAAUUCCAGCAGUGAAUUCCAGCAGUUGAGUUUCUCGGCUCGAGUUCCUUCAGUGACAUUGUAAUAUUUUCUCUUCAGUGUUCAAAAUGUAUUGGAGAUUUUGGUGCAGCUGUAGAAAAUCUUCUUGUUAAACACGGAAAGAAAAUAAUUGGUACGUAGAAAUACAAAAUACAGUUUGCAACACGUGUUUAUGUUUUGUUCAUUUCUUGUCUUUUCUCGUUAGAGGAGCAGUUUAAACUGAAACGUCUCGCAGAUGCUGCAAUGGAUCUCUAUGGAAUGGCAGCUGUGAUUUCCAGGUGGGUAAAAUGAAUUAACCAAACACUUUUACUGUAUAUAGACCUUUUAUUUUAUUAAUUAUCUAAUUUAAUAAUUUAAUACGCAAGUGCACUAAGAAGUGGAAGUUAAACAAUUUCGUACACUUAUAUAAACAGAACUAACCUUUUCAUCCUUAGACUUGCCUUCCUUUCUUUGUCAAAGCAGCAUGCUGCUAUUUUGCCCAUGGUAUACACGAUAAUCAUCGCCCAUACAUGGUACAGUCGUGUAUUACUUAUUAUUUCCUUCAAAUAGAGCAUCGCGAUCUUUAUCAAAAAAUAUACCAAAUGCUCAACAUGAGGCUGUUAUGACGAAAUUCUUCUGUGAUGAGGUAAGCGGAUAAAACUUAAAAUUAAAAAUACUUUCAAUUGCUAAAGUUGAUCUCUAAGUAUUUUAGUUUAGUCUUGUAACUCUAUCGAACGGCUGACGUUUUUCUAUAUGAAAUGUGUAUUUACAGGCGUCCCGCAGAAUAAGCAGAAAUUUACGAACAUUAAACAACGCAACAGAUUUAACUAACGACCAAAGAAUGUCAUCAAUUGCGAAAGCAGUUUAUGAAAAUGGCGGUGUAGUGCAGGAACAUCCCUUAUACAAUUGUAAAUAACGCACAAGGUACAGUGUAGU